UCCCUUUUGUAGAUCCACAAAGAGCAUUCAGCACUUGAAACUCAAAAAGGGCUUCACUAGGUAGAUAUAUCAUCAUGGUGCAAUUAAGUGUUCAUGACUUAUCUUUCAUGUUUGGCAUUCUUGGUAAUAUCGUGUCAUUCAUAGUGUUCUUAGCACCAGUGCCAACAUUUUACAAGAUAUAUAAAAGGAAUUCAUCAGAAGGGUUUCAAGCAAUACCAUAUUUAGUAGCACUAUUUAGUGCAGGACUAUUGCUAUAUUAUGCUUAUCUCAAGAAGAAUGCCUACCUUAUUGUCAGCAUUAAUGGCUUUGGAUGUGUCAUUGAAUUAGCUUACAUCUCUUUGUUUCUCUUUUACGCACCCAGAAAGUCUCAGAUUUUCACGGGGUGGCUGAUGUUGUUGAUAGUGGGAGCCCUAGGAAUGGUAAUGUUAUUUUCUUAUGUAUUUGCAAAAGGCUCAGAAAGAGUGAUGAUAGUGGGAUGGAUUUGUGCUGUUAUCAACGUUGCGGUCUUUGCUGCUCCUUUAAGCAUCAUGAGGCAAGUAAUAAGAACAAAGAGUGUAGAGUUUAUGCCCUUCACUUUAUCAUUGUUCCUCACUCUCUGCGCUACAAUGUGGUUUUUCUAUGGGUUUUUCAAGAAGGACUUCUACAUUGCAGUAAGUUAUCAAUAAAUUCAUACAAUUUAC